CCCCGGCCCAUUGUGAGACCAGAUGACUUCACCAUGCCUCAGAAGGUGUUAAAAAGUGCUCAUUAUAUAGAGUUGGGAAGUUACCAGUAUUGGCCAGUCCUUGUUCCCAGAGGUAUUCGCUUGUACACGUAUGACCAGAUUCCUGGUUUUCUGAAAGAGAAUCCCUACAUAACUGAUGGGUAUAGGGCCUACUUGCCAUCUAGGUUAUGUAUAAAAAGCAUCUUCGUCCUGUCCAAUGAAACAGUAAACAUCUGGAGCCACCUUCUUGGCUUCUUCUUGUUCUUCUCACUGGAAGUGUAUGACAUGACUGCGGUGCUGCCAGCUGCAGGGGCUUCCAGAGAGGACUAUGUCAUCUACUCUAUAGGGCUCUUUUGCUUUCAGGUGUGCAUGCUGUGCUCUGUGGGCUAUCACCUAUUUUGCUGCCAUCGCUCAGAGAAAACCAGUCGCCGCUGGGCAGCACUGGACUACGCAGGGAUCUCCACCGGCAUCCUCGGUUGCUAUGUUCCGGGAGUCUUCUAUGCUUUUUACUGUAACAAUUACUGGCGGCAGGUGUACCUGGUCACUGUGCUGGCCAUGAUCCUGGCGGUCUUCUUUGCUCAGAUUCAUCCGCAGUUCCUCACCCAGCAGUGGCACCGGCUGCGCUCAGCCAUCUUCUGCUCCUUGGCUGCCUACGGCCUCGUUCCCACCAUCCACUGGGUUUGGCUCAACGGGGGAUUUAGUACCGCCAUGGUUCAGGCAUUUUUUCCCCGUGUUUUGGUGAUGUACUUCAUAGCUGCCCUUGCCUUCCUUUUCUAUAUCUCUAAAGUUCCAGAGCGCUACUUUCCAGGGCAGCUGAAUUACCUGGGGGCCAGCCAUCAGGUAUGGCACAUCCUCGUGGUGCUGAUGUUCUACUGGUGGCACCAGUCCGCUAUUUACAUCAUGCAUUACCGGCACAGCGAGCCUUGCCCCAAUUACAUGCUUCAAGCGUAGAACUCCACUGUCUCUGGACCUCAAAGCCACCCUCAUAGCCCCAAAGCCUUCUGAUGUGUUUCUCAUAUCAUAUUUUUUUGUUACACUAUUUGUAUUAGUUCAGUGCUGCUUUGUCAAUCUUACACUACUGUCCGGUUUCAAAUAUAAAUGGAAAGCUGCAGUAAAAAUAGGUGCAACAGGUAAUGCAAACCUACAGCUGUAUGCCUGCUAAAUUUGUGCCGAACAGCUAAUUUACUGUAAGUGCCUUAGUGCUCACAUUUAACUGGACUACCUUAAUAUAUAUUUUGGUAAGUUAGGCCUAAUUCUUUGGGUAUGAUUGAAAAUAGGUAUGUUAGAAAAUAAGUAGGCAAGCAGGUUCUGCGGCACUUUGCAUGGUAGCUUUGCUUCUCUUUCCACAACCAGUGUGAUGCAACACUUCAAAAUUUACAUUUAAUUAUUAUUCUUUACUUUGCCUUUGUCAGGUUGCAGUGUUAAGCUUUUUUACAUCCUUUAGGCCCACGAAUACACCAGUACAAACAAAUAGUGCCCCAAAAUCAAUUAAAAUAAGGAUAUGAACACAAUGCAGUGUUUCAUAUGAGCAGGAACUCAUCCCAGUGUAUCAUCUUGCCCUCAGCAUAUAUACGUUGCAGCUUGUGUGGUUAUUCAACGCAGGACUAGUUUCACUCCAGAUUUGGUACGUUUGUGUGAUGAAAAUGCAGGUGACCAGAGACGGAAUCAUCGUAGCAGGAUGAAUGGUGCAAAUCUGGAAUGUUGAACUGAAUGACCUUGUCCUGGGGGUCUACAAAGUGGUGAAUGGCUGCAUACUAUUUUUGUGCUCUUUUAAGGGACAAAGCACAAAAAAAGUUUAGACUUAAGUGUAGCAUACAGAUUGGAUUAUAUAUUUAAAAACUUCAGGAGAGGUUGCGUGAAUAAAUAGCUUUUGUGUUUUUCAUGGUCAGUUAUCAAAAAGUGCUAAUUUAUAACUGAUUGAGUCAUUGUGAUACUUUUUGCAUUAUGUGCAGUAGACACAAGUUCAUACCUCUAACAAACACUGACACUGAGUAUGUAGCAUUUUAACUAUUAUGUGUGUACAAAUGUACAUACCUGUAGGUUGAUUUGUAUGUAUAAAAUUCAUACUUUGCAGUUUGUCUAUUUAAUGAAUGCACAUUAUAUUUUACAUUUCCACUGUACAAAUUGUCUUUUACCUUUCCUUUUGGGAUUUGUGUGCGAGAUGAGUGCUGUAUUGUUUUUAAAAAAAAUAUAUUUUGUCACAGCAAGAGUCAAGGAGGCAGUUAAAUGUUUUUUCCCCCCAAUACAAUUGAGUUCAUCCUCUGAGUUGAUGUGUAUAUUUACUAUAUAGCAUGUUUAACUAAAACUUCAUUUGAAAACCCAAGAAGACAUGCUUGAACAUGCUAUUAGUAGUUCAUUUCACAUUUACUGGCUUGUAAACAGUCUGUUAAAUGAAUGUAGUCCACAGCAUAUUGUAGAUUUUCCUUCUGUGUACAAUAUGUAUAUUAAACCAGUGUUAUGCCAGUAUUAAGAUGGAUUU